ACUAUUACACAUCCCGUUUGUUUGCUCCUCACUGCCGAGCAUCAAUGGCACCAACGUCACUACACUCGACGUCAGUGACUCUCCAUCCAGCAAUAACACCAGAACCUUGUGGGACAUCAUCUGGAAUUGCGCUGCGACUCUAUUCGCAUGCACAUGGACUGCAAUUCACCCAAACAUCCCGGGUAUGGAUGAGGGGAAAUUAGCUGUUUUAUCUCGUCGCCUAGGCAUCAUGAUGAUGGCACUGAUCGUCCCAGAACUCAUUAUUACCUGGGCCACGUGUCAGUUUCUAAGUGCUCGUGACGCUGCAAAGGCCUUCAAUGACGCCUUUGGCGCGCAACUUCACCAAACCCGUAGCGACUGUGGAGAUAUGGGAGAGAGCACAGCUGCGUUACUUAGUGGAAUUCCAACAUCGGAUAGAACAAACAGCCCACAUCCGAGCGCUCCGCAUGCUGCAAGUCGCGAGUUUAGAGGAUGGACAGUAACGCACGGGUUUUUCGCGUGGAUGGGUGGAUUCAUGCUCUACGUCAAUGGAAAGCCGCGAGCCACUCUUACACCCGAGGAGCUUGAGUGCUUUGUUCGUAAGGGCUCCGUGGAAAUGCCUGUCAUCGUGGAGGCCGAUAUAGAAGAUCGAAGCAAGGGUGACACAUUAUCCAAAGGGAUCGCCAUUCUUCAACUGGCGUGGUUCGUCCUCCAGCUUGUUGCCCGUUAUGUUCAGAACCUUCCGAUCACACUGCUUGAACUCGACACCCUUGCUUUAGCUGCCCUGGCUGGCAUUGCCUAUGGGUUUUGGUGGAAGAAGCCUAAGGAUGUAGGACGUCCUCAUGCUGUUUAUUGGAAAGCAAUCGCCUCUCCGCCAAGUGGAUUGGCCUACGACGAAGUAGAUGCAAUAUUCUCCACUGGAAAAUGGAAUGAUGUUUGGUUCUCAUGCAUUUAUCCCCUUAUCGGUCUUAUGGGUAUUAUUACAGCACGUUCCCCCCGUGCUGUCCAUUCACGUCGGGUUUCGUCUUGGGGCAGUGUUUGGAGGGAUACACUGUCUGGGCUGGAAUGUUUUGUUUCAGGGGCACGCAGAGCAGAUACUAUGGCGUGCGGCUUCCCUUGCAAUAGUAUCCGCACCAGUAUCUAUUCUUCUGCUGUGGGGCUAUGC